ACACUAUAAACACUAGAGCACUAAGGCAGCGCCACAUCCGCAUGACUCCUACUACGGGGUCACGUCCUCAACGUGCCUGAUGCACACGCCUUUCUGAAGACGUCACGGAAAGGGGAGGAAUUAAGUUUUCUGUGACGUCAGCGCUUAAAGAGCAAGCUCCCCAACUCCACGUUGCUGACAGAGGCCGUGAUGUGCUCAGUGAGCCGGACACCGUAAGGAGCCUGAGAGGGAGGGAAGAGAGACCAGAGACCGUAAUGAUCAUGGCUCCUGUAUGGCCUCUCCUGUUGACACUGGUGUUUGGUCUGGCCCUCCACGUCUCUCUGGCACAGAGCAGCGGUUCUAGCACAAAGAAUGAACUGACUGCUGCCUCCUUCUUGGAAGACCUUUUACAGAGAUAUGGAGAAAAUGAGACCCUGUCAUUACCGCAGUUGCAGUCUCUUCUGGAAAGGCUGGAGGUGGGAAAAGGGAUUACAAAGUCCGGCAAUUUAUCAGAGUGUCUCAGCGCCUCUGUUCUUUUUGCUGCUCACAACCUGACAUCAAACUCUACAGUGGAUGCCGAGGGUCUGCAACAUUUCUGCCCUUCGAUCCUCCAACAGUUGGAAACCCAGGCAUGUCAAGGAAGCCCUGUAUCACAGAAUGAGACCAGUGAUGAAGGGAGGCCAACCAGUGCCGAAGUCUGGGGUUUUGGAUUCGUGGCAGUCACCGUGAUCAGCCUGUCCUCUCUCCUGGGUGUCUUCUUUGCCCCAUGCAUAGAGAGGCCUGUCUUCCGACGAAUGCUUAUCUAUUUCAUUGCCCUGUCCAUCGGCACGCUGCUGUCUAAUGCUCUGCUGCAGUUGAUACCAGAGGCCUUUGGCUUUAAUCCUUUGGAGGAUGCCUACGUAUCAACCUCUGCUGUGAUCUUUGGGGGAUUCUAUCUCUUCUUCUUCACUGAGAAGGUCUUAAAAAUGCUGCUGAAGAAAAAACAUGAGCAUGGCCACAGUCACUACACGGCAGAUGCCAGGAAGCGUGAUACUGAAGAAGGAGUGACUGAGAAGCUGCAGAACGGAGACCUGGAUCACAUGAUUCCUCCUCCAGGUGGCAGCGAAUCUGACCUUCGACAACCUCUUGGUGAUGAGAAAGUUGUGGUGGGGUCGCUGGCAGUACAGGAUCUCCCAGGUCAGCAGAGUUCUUGCUACUGGUUAAAAGGAAUCCAUUACUCUGACAUUGGCACUCUGGCCUGGAUGAUCACACUCAGUGAUGGGUUACACAACUUCAUAGAUGGACUGGCUAUUGGAGCCUCGUUUACAGUUUCUGUCUUCCAGGGUGUCAGCACGUCAAUUGCUAUCUUGUGUGAAGAGUUCCCACAUGAGCUCGGUGAUUUUGUCAUACUGCUAAAUGCCGGAAUGAGCAUUCGCCAGGCUCUUUUCUUUAACUUCCUGUCUGCCUGCUGCUGCUAUUUGGGUUUGGGCUUUGGAAUCCUAGCGGGCAGUCACUUCUCUUCCAACUGGAUCUUUGGCUUGGCAGGAGGGAUGUUUCUGUACAUUGCACUUGCUGACAUGUUCCCUGAGAUGAAUGAAGUAAGUAAGGAGGAUGAAGAAGGAGGUCGACCCCUCACCCCUUUUCUCAUACAGAAUGCUGGCCUUCUCACUGGCUUUGCCAUAAUGCUGCUGCUUACAACAUUCUCGGGUCAGAUUCAGCUGGGAUAGCCCGGGUGACAGAGGCCGACAAGUCCUUGAUUUGACAUCCUUAAUUUUGCUUCAAGGACAGAAGAAUGGUGACCUAAAUGACCAAAGGGAGAGGGAUGUUUAUGGCAACAUUCGUUUCUCAUAUGUAUGGAGGCAAAGCACCAGAUAUUGGCGUGUGGUGAUACAGCUGACUCCACCUCACAGAGCGGUAACCUUUUUAGAAUUUAUAUAGGUUAUUCUAGCCAUCAUGCCUAUGAAGAUUCUGCAGGGGACAACCGACCUACCAGUUCCAUGUCACAUUAUGGCAUAUAGAUGCAAUCAUGUUUCUCAUUUUGGACAUAAUGUAUUAAUUAUUUGCAGCUCUUGCCAGCCAGAUAACUUGCCGAUUUCUACACCCAGCAUGCCAUCACCUGCGCCAAUAAUCGCCCGCUCUCCAGUUGCAACAGUCUCUGUAAUGGAGAUGACACUGUAUUUCAAAGACUGUUUUUAGAGAGUUUAUCAUAUUGAUAAGUGGUUUAUAUUCCUCCAAUAUAUGGACCAAAUCAACUAAACAAAAUUUGGGGUAAAUGUUUUUUCCCCCCACUCUACACCCUUUAAAAAGGCAAAUGAUCUCAUCUCCCAUCCAGACUGUAAUGAAUAGAACUUCAUUUAUUUUUUAUUUUUUCAUAAUCCGUUCCGUUACUGUUUACCUGGCAAUGUAUUUGCAUUGGUUUCCCGCUGAUAAGCUGACCAAGAGGUACCAAGCCUUGGCCGAGGACAGCUGUCCAACACUGACCAGCCCUCUGGUUCCUCCUUGCUGCUGCUUCCUUGACACCCAAUAGUGUUUUUUUUUUUAUUUAUCUUGAAGAACAAUAGAGGAGGAGAAACCAAGAAGCUGAUAUGUAUGUGUGAUACACUAAGUGCAGUGCAAUAAUCCCAGAUGGCAAUAGAACUCUUGAAUAGCACACCUAUUAAUGUCGGAGGCCAGCAUUGGCUUUGAUUUGCACACUGACACUGUGCUCGUGCGUGCGUGCGUGUGUAUGACUUAUAUAUAUAUUUAAUGUCUGUGGGAAUAAUACAAGCCCAGAAUUAGAACUCUAGAUAAUACUAGAAUAGCACAGUUAAGGAAUGUAGAAUGGAUGUGUGUUUUUGUUGCUAAAGUAGCAUAGUCCAGUGCUCCCCUCUUUUACUGCCACUCUUCCCUUAGGUGAGCUCAUUUUCCUAAAGAGGAACUCCAGGGACUAAUAUUUUUAUUUAAAAUAUAGCGGUGACACAGAACUUGCUAGGUUUAGCCAUUUUCAGAACAUAGAAAAACUGUUAGUACAGUAUAUAUGAACUUUCUAAGGCUAACCUUGCCCGUUAGAUUUCUUUUAUUCAGCCAAGAGGGCAGAAUGAGAAAAAAAUGAUGUGUAUUCCCCCAUCGAUGGUAAACGGCAUGGAUGGAGGAAUCCCCCCAGCCAACUAUUGGAUUCUGACUGCUGCUACACCCGAAGCUGUCAGUAUGUCCAGAAGAAACUGCUUCCGAUUGGCUGCAGUCGCUAUUCGACUGACAAUUUUUCACCUGGCUCUUUUUGCGAGCUAGGUGGUGCCGACAGCUAAUUUGACAAACUCUUCUUCUAAAGCGCACUUCACCCUGCAUAUCCAUUCCCUCCCCACAGCCCUCUUUCUUGCUGCCACUUGAAAGUUUGGGUGGGGUGGCGGGGUUCUGUGCAUGCUGUAGAGCUGCCAGUUCUAGUAUAGGGGCACUUUAUUUACCUGCAAUGUUUUUUGUGCAUGCACAGAAAAUGCCACGCAUUCACAGAUGUAAAGCACACUGCAUUCUGGGAUAGCUGUGCAUAUGUACAGUGGGCCCAGCCUAGGCCAAAAAGCAAGAAGUGCAGCACAAAUACCCAAAGGCACACUUUUUUUUGUAUUAUUCUUAUUUUUUUUCCCCACUUCUUCUUUUUUUUUUUUUUUUUUUUUAAGGGGGUUAAAAAAAAAAGGUUCUGCUUUUUAAAGAGGAAUGCUGGUCAAAAUGUCUUUAUACUCUGGUAACUGCUUUUGGUACCAGCAGGGACUGUUUUUGUCCAUGUGCACAAUACUGUUCACAUAGGUGUGAGACUAUUUUCUCAGCCUGUACAUUAUAUAUCUAAGAAGAUGCAACUUUUCUUCCUGAAAUAUAUGUGGGCUGACCAAAAACUUUCACAUCUCCUACCACCCCCCACCUCCCCCCUAUGAAUUAUGACCCUUUCACCUGCAGAUUAAAAAAAAUGUGUCUGUCAAUAAUUAUGGAAGCGAAUACAGAUUGUGCCCAUUGUAAGACAUGGGGCGGUUUAUGCUUAAUCAGGUUUUCAUCACGGUCUGUAUCCCUGCUAGGGAGAUUCACUCUUUCAAUUUGUCUUUGUGACCACUGAGACUGGAAUUAAUUGAAAAUACAACCUUUAGAGUUGUCACUAGGUCAGGAAAAAAGGUGGAUAAAUCUUCUGGUAAGGUCACUUGUUUUAGUACCAACAAUCUAAGAGGGGAGUUUCUUUUUACUUCCUGUUGUGUAUACACAACAGGAAGUAAAUGUUACUCUCCCCAGUGUGACAGAUGGAUUUAAAAUAAAAUUUAAUAAAGUUUUUGACUUUUUUUACAUAUACUUGUUUACAACACAAAAUAACAGGUGUUAAAAACAUUUAUAUAGUAUAUGACUACAUUUAAAAUUUGGGAUUUUCCUGGAGCUCUUUUUUUAUGAAA